GGCGUACUGAUCAGAGACGUCUGGAACAGUGACCUUACGACACUACUACCGAAGAGCGAGUCUUAUCCAAACCUUGCUCAAUGGCAGGUGGUCCCUCAGGUUUACGACGACUUAUGUGCGUGGGCUCUGGUGGAACGAUCAGAUGAAGAAACAGGCACCUUCCGCCCUUUCAUGCUUCUCUAUCAUCCCGACAUCUAUCCGUCGUCUUCGGCUCCUACCAUUGUCUCUAUGCGAUUCCAUGGCGUUGUGGAAUCACUCAACAUAUUACCAGAGAAGGCCGCUCGUUCGAUUCAAUACAUAUCAAUCGACUCUGGUGGAUGUGACGAUGCGUUCAACCUCCAACUUGCUAUCAUAGAUAACAUAAAGGCCUAUCUACUCUCCACUCUCAAAGGCAACAACAUCGAGUCACACAACAACAAACCAGGAACGAUAUUUUUCCAUCGACCAGUGUUCACCAAGGUCAGUAAUAGACUUUCCAUAUCAUCAACUUUGAGGGUGCUCAGGUCUGCACUUGUUCUCGGCGAUGAUCCACACCAAUACGCUCUCAACAUACGGAGGGAAUGGCUGGUAACCCAUCGCAUUGUAACCGGGCUCUACAACAACGAUCAUAGCGUAUGCAAAAGACCGUACAAUGUCAUUCAGAAAGGCGACUUCGUAGAGGUGAAAUGUCACGUCGAGGUGAUGAGGUUUCGGAAGAAGACCAACUGGGUAACGGAAGUCCGUUUCGUACCUGAAGCGGUUAUUCGCGUUUGCGAUAAAACGACAGUAAGGGUAAGUGAUUUAAGUAUAAGGAUUGGACAUAUGAUAACUGAACAUCUCUCUUAA